ACUUUAAAAUUUAAACAACGCACUUGUGUCCCCAAGAAGAUGUUAUCUUGAGAGAUAUAUCUAUUACAUUAGAAUAUGGUCAUGCAAAUAAAAAUAUACAACUAAAUCAUUAGCUACGAAAAUUGCCGCCAUAAAGGGAAUACCAUUUUCUUAUUUGAAAUAUGUUUACUUUUUAAUACCAUGAAGGGCAAUGACUUUUUCCGAGAGAAAAAGUGGUAUGACACUACUCUGCAGUCCUGAGUUCGAAGUUUAGGCAAAGUGAUAUUAGGUUUUUCUGCUCGAAAUAACCUUGGAGACUAGAAUUUGUGUCUAAUAUAGCGAUAGUCUUCUCCCCUAUCUCAUCAUGAGACACAGUAUGCUUGGCAAAAAGUGGUUGCCAUGGUUGCAACUUUGCCUUUAACUUGGGAUAAAUAUUGCCAUACCAAAACAAUCUAAUGUUACUUGCAUAUCAUGGAAUCAAUCAUCAGGAUAUAUUGCGGUUGGUGGGGAGGAGGGGAUGUUAAAAGUAUUGAAGCUGGAGUCAGGCCUCUCCCUGAGGAUACAGCAGUUGAACAAUUCAUACCAUAAAUGCAAAGAUUUAUGAAUAAUUUCACAAAGAAAGAAAAUUAAUUGUAAAAAAAUAAUAAUAUUCUUUCGCAUAGAUAGGUUCUAAAAAUACGUUUAGCGCGUCGAUUUACCUGGUGGAGCGCCUUGAGACGGACUCUUACACACCUUUUAAGGUUUACAUCUUAUUUGCGUGAAACUUUGGAUCUUGGUAUGAAGAGAUGAUAAAUAACAGAAAUAAAUCAACUGUGACUGGUAUGGCAUGGGGCUCCGAUGGUCAGAAAAUAUGCAUUGCAUAUGAAGAUGGCGCUGUUAUUGUCGGUUCGGUAGACGGCUCAAGAGUCUGGGGUAAAGAUAUCAAAGGUCCUGGAUUAGCGGCGGUGCAGUGGUCGCCAGACAAUACAAUGCUGCUUUUUGCACUUACUAAUGGCGAGCUACAUUUGUAUGAUGACCAGGGUAACUUUAUGAUGCCUGUUACAACAACUAACGUGUCUGGUGCAACAGAAGUAAUUUCAUUGGAUUGGUUUUCUGGCAAUUCGCCCGCCACGAGACCAGUUUUGGCUAUAUGUUACAAGAAAGGGCUUAUAUUACUGAUGAAAUCUUGCAUGGAGGAAGAUAGCAUAGUUAUAGAAACAAACAUGAACACGAUAGACUGUCACUGGAAUCACAAUGGUACAAUUUUAGCUGUUGCUGGCUGUACAGACGAUAAAACUAAUGCUGUGCAGUUUUUUAACGCCUACGGAGAGCACUUACGUACAUUGCGCGUGCCGGGAGGCUCUAUGAGAGCUUUGUCGUGGGAAAGACGAUCGCUGCGUCUGGCGAUAGCAAUCGAUUCAUUCAUUUACUUUGCGAACGUGAAGCCUGAUCACAAGUAUGCGUUUUACGGUAACACGCUAUCGUUUGUAUCAGGAACAGAAACAGUUACCUUCUGGGAUACCAUCACACACCAGUCUUGGAUAAACCACAUUCCUGACGUUAUAGACAUGUGCGCUGUUGACGAGUACUGUGUGAUAGCCACAUUAAGUAUGUUGAUAAUAUCGAAUCAACAAGGCAUUCAAUGUGACGCGAAGACAAUUAAUAUACCAGUCGUAUAUGUGACAAUCAAUAGCAAGGCGAUAGUUGUAGCAGCUUCGAAGGAAUCAUUUUUGAUAUGGAAAUUCUCAACGCCAUCUAGACCUCGUACAUCAGAGCAGCUUUACCACGCGGAUGGCUCGCCGGUGACGUCAAACGACGGUGGCUUUCAAGAUGACACCAUAUGUUGCGUCACAUGUUCUGAUUCUCACCUGUUGGUCGGCAGAGAUUCCGGCGCGAUACUACUCUUUUCAUUGGUCAAUUUUAAAAAGAUUACAUCCAUCAACUUAAACUCGAAACCUUAUAAAAUGGGCUUAAACUCAAACUCUAGUAAAUUUUAUGUCAUCGAUCAGCCAGGUUCUCUGUACCUAUUGGACACAGACAUGGCGAACAAUAUAAGUAUAGGGCAGGCGUUGCGUAAGGACGUGUGGAGCGCGCUGUGGGCGACUGACAACCCGCAGAUGUUGGCGGUCGCGGAGAAAACACGCUUGUAUGUAAUGCGCGACAACGAGCCGGAGGAACCGUUGGUCAUGCAAGGCUAUCUGUGUAAAUUUAAGGAACUGGAAAUUAUAACGGCGCUCUUAGACAGUAUAACUGAUAAAUGUACCCCACAACACAUAGUACGAGUAGAAGUGAAAUCGUUGAGAGAUACGCGACAACUCAUAGAGAAAGUUGGUCUCAAGGAAGCUGAAAAUUUUAUAAAGGAUAACCCACAUCCGCAGUUAUGGUUACUUCUGGCUGAGGCGGCUUUAAAAAACUUUGAAUCUGAAACAGCAUUGGAAACGGCUGAAGCGGCAUUCGUGAGGAGAAACGAUUACGCGGGCAUCAGAUUCGUAGCGCGUCUAAACGCGCUUCAUUCUAAUGCUCUAAAGAAAGCUGAAAUUUUGGCUUACUUCAAAGAUUUUGAUGCCGCCGAAAAAAUAUAUCAUAACGAAGAUAGACGCGAUUUAGCGAUUGCGCUGCGCAAACGCCUGGGGCACUGGUUCCGCGUCGUGGAGCUGUUGAAAAUGUCGUUGAGCACGACUGACGCACAAGUCAAACAAGCGUACUGUAACAUCGGCGAUUACUAUAUCGACAGGCAGAACUGGUCUGGCGCUAUUGAAUAUUACACGAUGUGCAACAACGUUGAGGGUUUGAAAAAAUGUUACAUGGCAUUAGAGGACAGCGAAUCGCUGACUAAACUAUACGCGAGCUCGCCAAAGUCAAAGGAGGCAUCUGUUAAACAGCACGCGAUAGAUACUUUCAACGAAAGCCUAAAUGAACCGCCUUCGAUACAAGGUAUCAUCCAUCUUAAAGAAAGCGGCAGACUGAUACAAGCUGCAUCUACAGCUUUUCAGCUAGCUAAUAUGGAAGCAGCGAAGAACGCCUCGCCAUCACGUAUCAAAAAGCUUUAUAUAUUGGCCGGACAUCUAUACAGCCUGACUGCCGUUGAGGGCGGCGCAUCGCGCGAGGCGGCGCGGUGCUGGCGCGCAGGCGCGGCGCAGCACUGGGCGGCGGCGGCGGCGGCGCGCGCGCGCGACCGGCCCCGCCGCGCCGACGCCGCGCUGCGCGCCGCCGCGCGCCUGCACGCCCGUCUGCAUCACCUCCACCACAAUCAACACGUUCAGGCUUGGUGUACUAUAGCAUCAAUAGCGAUUCAAGCGAGAGCUUUCCAACUUUGUUCCAAAGCAUUUAUGAAACUCGAGGCUUUAGAUCCCGACACUUUUGAAAAUUUGGCUGUUGAAAUAUUCACAAGAAAUAAGCCCAAUGACGCAAAAGGCAAUAAAAUAGACUGCCCGAAUUGUGAAGCCGGAAUGCCCGAAUGGGCCAGUACGUGCGAAAGUUGUUCGGCGGCGGUGGUGGAAUGCUUUGUAUCAGGGCGCGCGCUGGCGCCGCUCGCCGCGUGGACGUGCGCCACGUGCGGCGCCAGCGCACACCGCCAGGAGCUCGUGCUACGACAUUCUUGUCCCAUGUGUCAUGUACAACUUACAUAAAUUGUAAUUGUGAACAUC